AUGCAGCUGGCCCUCAUGGCCAUCCAGUUCUUCCUCUUGCACAUCCUCAAGGAAACCCCAAAGCUCUCCAUUCAGCCUCUCCCCAACAAAUGCCAGAGCAAUAAACCUGGCCUCGGGAACCAGCUGCUGUCUGCCUGUUCUGUGCUGCUGAGCACCAUCUCCUCCUACCCUGGGGCUGAUAAGCCUGGGGAACUUCUAAUCGUGUCCCAGUUCAUCACCCACCCGAGCCAUGUGGAGGUGCACAGCAGGGGCGCCCCAGCCCCGCCCUGGGGCAGGCAGAAGCAGAGGGGGCGCCGAGCACAGGGAGAGGAGGCCAUGGGCGCUCCAGUCGCGGCGCUGCUGCUGGUGCAGCUGUUGGUGCCAGUGGAACUCGAGAUGCUGGGGUGGCAGGAUCAGGACGUGCUGUUUCCAGGGCCGUGUGGCCAACGGGCCAUCGGGUCACGUGUGGUGGGCGGAAAGGACGCAGAUCGUGGGCGCUGGCCGUGGCAGGGCAGCCUACGCCUGUGGGGUUCCCACACCUGCGGAGGGAGCCUGCUCAACCGGCGCUGGGUGCUCUCCGCAGCGCACUGCUUUGAAAAGAACAAUGACCCCUAUGAGUGGACAGUCCAGUUUGGUGAGCUGUCUGCCAUGCCGUCCAUCUGGAACCUGCAGGCCUACUACAACCGUUACGGGGUGGAAGAGAUCAUUUUCAGUCCCAAGUACCUGGGGGCUUCAGCCUACGACAUUGCCAUGCUGAGGCUGUCCUCCGCUGUCACCUACAACAAGUACAUCCAGCCCAUCUGUGUCCUGGCCUCUUCCGUCGACUUCCAGAACCGGUCUGACUGCUGGGUGACCGGCUGGGGGGACAUCCAAGAAGAUCAGGAGCUGCCGUCUCCCUACAUCCUCCAGGAAGUGCAGGUCGGCAUCAUAAACACCACCAUGUGUAACUACCUCUUCUCACAGUCUUCUUUCCGCUAUAACAUCUGGGGAGACAUGGUUUGCGCCGGUGACCCUCAAGGCGGCAAGGACUCCUGCUUUGGUGACUCAGGUGGACCCUUGGCCUGCGAGAGGAAAGGGCUGUGGUAUCAGGUUGGAAUCGUGAGCUGGGGAGUGGGCUGUGGUAGGCCCAACCGGCCCGGUGUCUACACCAACGUCAGUUCGCACUUCGAAUGGAUGCGGACGCUGAUUGCCCGCAGCAGCAUUCACAGGCCAGACCCCUGGCUGCUGCUCCUGUGCCUCCCCCUCCUCUGGAGCACCCCAUUCCUGCAGCCCUUCAGAGUCCAACAGAGCUCGUGA